GUCCGAUGCGAUCUUCAAAACUCGCCAGACAAAACAUGCAGCAACUGUCACCGGAUGGGACAAACAUGCGUGUAGGUGUUUCGCCUGGUCGUUGAAUCUGACCAUCCAUGCGUUGGAAGGGCCCCUUUUUGAUGUUGGUCUAGCCCGCGCCAGAGCCGGCGUAUGAGGUGCCGCACGCCUGUACGUGCCUCGGGGCACAGUCUUCGCGGAGAUUUCUCUACUACGACAGGCGGCGUUGCUGGGAUUGUGUCGCCUGUAGAAACAGAGCACGACAUUGGAGCUGCCGAAAGCUAUAUCGCUUCGGAAUCAGUGCUCUUCGAGGAGACACCCCCGGAUACCUCUCAUCCACCGUCUUGGAACCAUUGGAGGAGAAUCGAGGAGCAGCUUCAAGCAAGUUGCCAGCCCGAUGCAUUUGCUCCGCUGGAAGAACCCCACCGCCAGGCUCUUCUAGAUUCUUUUGCUGCACACUCUGCCCCUUGGUACCCGUUUGUGACUGCGUUGCAAAUACACGAUGCUCCGGCGCUUCUUCAAAGAGCAUUGAUGCUAUCUGGAAGCUUGACCCGCCGCAUUGAUACUGUGGAGGAUCUGCGGCUUCCUUAUACUCUCUACAUCCAGGCGAAGGAAUCUAUCUAUGCAAGCAGUGGUAGGAACCCUAUUAUAUUACUGAUGGCGAUCACAAUCACAGCGUGCUGGAGCCUGCGCCCUCCAUCGGUUGUUAGUCUGGAUGGACCGUGGCAUUGGGCGGGUCUUGCUACACGCCUGGCCCUGCAACUUGGUUUGCACCGUGAAAGAACGUAUUCUCAUCUUCAGAGUCCCAACGAGUGCCGACUAAUAUGGUAUCAUUUGAUGGAUAGCGAUGUCCUUCAAGCGGCCUGCUGGGGAAGGCCGUGUUUUAUCCAAACCAGCUUCCAAGACGUCGAGCUUCCACCGGACUCGGACAAGGAUAGCAUCAGCCUACGGGUAUUCAAGUCGGUUACCCGGCUCCUCCUGGUACUUCGGCAAGUGAUUGAGUUCAAACUCGUGGAGCUGCCGGCGAUUCUGGCUGCUCUAGGGGACUGGCACGAAGCUGUUGCGCCGUCGCUAAGACUGCACAAUGCAGCCGGCCACCGCAACCAGUACACCAAGCAGGUGAACGAAAUGUUCAUCAUCUACUUCGCAAUCAUCAUUCUCGUCUUCUUCCGCCACGACAUGAAUGCCAGCCACAGUAGCCCCCACCAGCGCACCAGCGUAUCGCCGGCGACAAUCGCCGCAUCCUCAUGCAUGACCCGGCUCUACGAGGAGAUCCACCAGCACGAAGACAGCGCGCGCCUCGGCUCAAUCCACGGCUUCUUUCUCAUGCUCGCCGCCAUCCCACAGAUCUUCCACUACACGCAGGUAUCCGAGAAGGACUGUCUGCGCGAGCGCUCACUGGACUUGAUCUGUGCGGUUCUGCAGAACCUCCAGGUCAAGUACGGCGGGUGCAACAUGGUGCUGCAGAAGAUCUCGAAGCUGCGCACCGAGCCACGAGACUUCAAUUCGUCGCAGUUGCAGCCAGUGACCAUGAACGAGGAAGGAAUCCCAGGGACGGUUCCGUUCCCUGUAUCAGGCGUGGACCAGCUCUUCCCUUUCCCCACGGGGUUCGCGCCGAACCUUGACCUGUUGCACGCAUGGGGGUCGCAGAAUACUGCGGGGCAAAGGGACAUGUUGAUGGACCUGCUUUCGUUUGAGAGCUCGCUGGUGGAUUGGUCCGGGGAUGUUGGCCUCGGUGUGGCGGAUUUUCCUCAGCAGCUGUUUAUGUAAGGGACUGUUGAGUUUUCCCUUCUACCUUUGUAUAUUAGCUCUAUGUAGCCCAAUUCCAGUCAUUCAUCGCCUG